AUGCACAAAGUGGCUGAGGAGUGGGCCCAGGGCACCUUCAAACUCAACCCCAAUGAUGAGGACAUCCACACAGCCAACGAGCGCCGCCUGAAGGAGGCCCUGCAGCUUAGGCCCAGCCCGUGGUUCAUACGGCCCCACUUCCGGCCUCUUUUUCCCUUGAGAGCGAUUUGUCCCUGGGAGAUCCUGGAUCCCUCAUUCAGGGAAUGUGACGUCCUCUUCCCAGGGUACACCCACCUGCAGAGGGCCCAGCCCAUUCACUGGAGCCACUGGAUUCUGAGCCAUGCCGUGGCGCUGACCCGAGACUCUGAGCGGCUGCUGGAGGUGCGGAAGCGGAUUGAUGUCCUGCCCCUGGGGAGUGGGGCCAUUGCAGGCAAUCCCCUGGGUGUGGACCGAGAGCUGCUCCGAGCAGAACUCAGCUUCGGGGCCAUCACUCUCAACAGCAUGGAUGCCACCAGUGAGCGUGACUUCGUGGCCGAGUUCUUGUUCUGGGCUUCGCUGUGUAUGACUCAUCUCAGCAGGAUGGCCGAGGACCUCAUCCUCUAUGGCACCAAGGAAUUCAGCUUCGUGCAGCUCUCGGACGCCUACAGCACCGGAAGCAGCCUGAUGCCCCAGAAGAAAAACCCCGACAGCUUGGAGCUGAUCCGGAGCAAGGCGGGGCGUGUGUUUGGGCGGUGUGCCGGGCUCCUGAUGACCCUCAAGGGACUUCCCAGCACCUACAACAAAGACCUACAGGAGGACAAAGAAGCUGUGUUUGAAGUGUCAGACACCAUGAGUGCCGUGCUCCAGGUGGCCACUGGCGUCAUCUCUACGCUGCAGAUUCACCGAGAGAACAUGGGACAGGCUCUCAGCCCCGACAUGCUGGCCACUGACCUCGCCUAUUAUCUGGUCCGCAAAGGAAUGCCAUUCCGCCAGGCCCACGAGGCCUCCGGGAAAGCUGUGUUCAUGGCUGAGACCAAGGGGGUCGCCCUCAACCAGCUGUCACUGCAGGAGCUGCAGACCAUCAGCCCCCUGUUCUUGAGUGACGUGAACCGCGUGUGGGACUACGGGCACAGCGUGGAGCAGUAUGGUGCCCUGGGCGGCACUGCGCGCUCCAGCGUUGACUGGCAGAUCCACCAGGUGCGGGCGCUACUGCGGGCACAGCAGGCCUAGGUCCUUCUGCACCUGCUCCCAAAUAAAGUGAGCAUGAGAGGA